CCAUAUAUGAAGCACUGUUGGUAGAUGUUUGUCAUAUGGGUUCUCUGGGUGAUCAUCUUGUGGCUGAUGGCCCCCUACUUGAAUCUAGAACCUGAAUUGGCACCCCAGGAAAUUGAUGUAAGUCCAUCAUGGCGUGGCAACUGUCCUUGGGUCAAAUUCAGGAAAUGCCAGUGCCCAGCUGGGACCCUCAACUACUCACUCUGCCACCAUGCAGUGAGAGAAUGGAACUGGUUUGAUACAUGCUAUGAGAAGAUAAUGGGGACCCUGAUAGGGCAAGAGUCUAUGACUCCUGACUCCAUGCCUUGGUACUUGGACAUGAAUUCAGCAAGUGAGCUUGGCAGAGUAUGGAUGAAGUUGUUCAAGGAAACUCCCAGUCCCUCAGUGAGCCAUUUUGAUCUCUACUGUGGGACUUGUGCGUUGGUAGGAAACUCAAAAAUUCUGUGGGCCUCCAACCUUGGCAAAGAUAUUAACAAACACACCAGUGUCUUCAGGAGGAACCAGACCCCUGUUCAGGGCCUUAUGAUGUUUGGGAACCAAACCAGAGGCCGAUUCACUUACCACAGGGGUGUCAGGGGUCAGGGUUCCUGGAGACAGCUGGUGCUGCUGCUGCUGAAGCUUUCUGGUCUGGUAUGGACUUCAAACACUCUGAGUGAGGAGGUGAUGGUCCAGGAACCCAGACAUUCUCAGUAUGGGGGUGAGGUUUUGGAAGAUAGUCUGAUUCCCUAGUGGAAUGGAAGAUAGCAGAGACCAGGAUCUGACCCUCCUCAAAUAUUGUAGCACUGGAAAUUCACAUGGUUCACCUGCCCAGAAGACAUGACUGAGC